UCUAACCUUGAAACAUAUUGCAAUGGAAUUGGUGAUGCAAGGAAAGAUUCAACACACAGCACUUUGAUGCAAUAAGCCACGGUUUCCUUUUCAUAGAACAGAGGACAUGGCAGUAUGAAUUCCAGCUACUUUCGAAUGGAUAAAAUGGGGACUGGUGUCAGUCAACAGGGAAAUACCCCCGCUUCCAGUCAACCUAAAGACUCUUCUGAAACGUUCCGCCCACCCAAAGGCUCUUCUGGUCGGCCCCGCCCACCCGGAGACCCUUACCAACAUCUCUACACCGUGCUGUGUGAGUAUAAGAACGGCAAGAAAUCGUUAUCCGUGGACGAUGUCAAAGCCUUACAGGGAUUUAUUCAACAGCACCAUAAGGAUGAAAAUUCACCCUCAUACCUGAGUCUGACAGCAAAUAAAGAGAAGCUUGCUAAUCUUGAAAAACAACGUCAAGAUAUUUUGAAUAAGAUAUCGGAAGUCGCAGGUGCCCGUUUGAAAUCAAACAAUCCUGCCAUAGCUGAUCUAAGCGACCAGAAUCGACCCAGUAAGUUGGCAGAGAAGUUCUCAGAACUGUACGACAACGAAUGGACGGACGCGGCAGAGGAGCUGAAGCAGGCGGGCGAGUUCCCGGAGGAAACACCAGAAGAGGAUAUAGACAUCGCUGUCAUCAAGUUCCUAUUUAAUUUUGCCAAGGUAACGUAUAAAGAAUGCGAAAAGAAAGCAGCGGAACAAUUACAACAGGUCAGGGAUGCGGUCUCAUUUCACAAUAAAAAUGUAGAAGAAAUGGCAGUCGAAUUAGACAGAAAAUGUAGAGAUUUUAUCAGAAAACAUUGUGAAAUCACCCUAAGUGAAGCUUUAAAGAUCCUUCCAUAUAAUGUCAUAAAAGAUCAGAAAUUGUGUAAAGAAUUGGGAAUUACUGUGGACCAGCUGCAGAACUGUAAACACACCAAUGACUUUUUAAAACUUUGCGCACGCCUCUGUUGGAUGAUGGCACUCCAGGAUCCGCCCGUAUAUAUGGUUACCAGCACAGAUUCCGUGGAAAUGUACAGGGCGUACACAAGGUCUGGUGACAUCAUUGAAUAUGUUGUUUGGCCAAGCCUUUUGUUGCAUAAAGAUGGGCCUCUUCUUUACAAGGGCGUUGCUCAAUUUAAGAAAAAGGAUGGCAAAAAAGAAAAUAGUCCCGAUGUCAAGAGUCAGAUCAAGUCUGAGGCAGACAACAGUAAAACUGUGCAUACAGAACAGCCAAUUUAUGAAAAUUUUAAUGGGUCAGAAAACAACUCUAACAAUUACCAGGACAGCAUGAAGAAUGGUACAGUAAACCCUCCAGCAACAAAGGCAGGGGAUGGUUCUGCUAGAGAAAAACACAUAACCACAAUUAAUGUUAAAUGAAAUGAUUUACUAUUGACUUUUGCUAUGAUUAUAUGUGAUAAUUCAAUGUAUAUAGUCAUGCUAAAAAUGGAUAUAUCUUUUGUAUCUCUAGUGAUACUACAUGCAUUACAUAUAGUGACAAUUUAUUGUAACCCUCAUAAUGGCAAUUUUUAUAUUG